UUUUAGGGGUGCUAAAGGGAUUUGGUAUGACUGGACUUUUUACAGGACAAGAUGUGAAAUGGAGAAAUAUCUGGCACCUCAGCUUCCACCAGUUCCUGUCAUCCCUGAACAUAAAAAAUACAGAAGAGACAGUGCCUCAGUUGUAGACCAGUUCUUCACUGACAGUGAAGGGUUGCCUUAUAGUAUCAACAUGAAUGUCUUCUUUCCUGACAUUACUCACCUGAGAACUGGUCUAUACAAAUCCCAGAGACCAUGUGUAACCCACAUCAAGACAGAACCAGUUACCAUCUUCAGUCAUCAGAGUGAAACUACUGCCCCUUCCCCCACCCCCACUCAGGCUCUCCCAGAGUUUACCAGCAUCUUCAGCUCUCACCAAACUCCCGACGUGAACAACAUUUUCAUCAAGCAGGAGCUUCCUACUCCAGAUAUUCAUCUUUCUCUCACACCCCAGCAGGGCCAGUUAUAUCAGCUCUUGAGUUCACCGGAUUUAGAUAUGCCCAAUUCUACUACUCAGGCGGCAGUAAUGGACUCUCUUAACAAUGUUUCCAUGUCAUCAGCCAUGGCAGGCCUUAACACUCUCUCCUCGGCUAUUCCACAGACUACAAUGAAACAAUUCCAGGGUAUCCCCCAAUGCACAUACACAAUGCCAAAUCAGUUUCUUCAACCACAGGCCACUUACUUCCCUCCUUCACCCCCAAGUUCAGAGCCCGGAAGUCCCGAUAGACAAGCAGAAAUGCUACAAAAUUUAACCCCUCCUCCAUCCUAUGCUGCGACUAUAGCUUCCAAGCUGGCAAUCCAAAAUCCAAAUUUACCGGUGGCCAUGCCAAUAAAUUCACAGAACAUCCAGACAGUCAGAUACAAUAGAAGGAGUAACCCAGACCUGGAGAAGAGACGUAUCCACUACUGUGAUUAUCCUGGCUGCACAAAAGUUUAUACAAAGUCUUCCCACUUAAAAGCUCACCUGAGAACUCAUACUGGGGAGAAGCCGUACAAAUGCACAUGGGAUGGCUGCGACUGGAGAUUUGCUCGCUCCGAUGAGUUAACACGCCACUACAGGAAGCACACAGGGGCCAAACCUUUCCAGUGCGCUGUGUGCAAUCGUAGCUUCUCUCGCUCUGACCACCUUGCUCUGCACAUGAAGAGACAUCAGAACUAAACGCUGGGUUCGACGUGGAGGCUGUCUGUAUCUAUGCAAUUUCCAAAUGACUUUCAACAUGUGGUUAGAAUUAGUUUUAAUUUUUGACUAUUGACUAUCCAUAAAGUCUCCAAAGAAACUGGAAAUGUAUAUUUUGUAUAUUUAUGAGGAAACAGGGAAGACACUGUACCACAGUACCAGAGUGUUCAAUCAUUUAUUUUGUUUGCUCUGAUCAUGUAUAUGGCUUUAGUCAGCAGAUUUCAUCUCAAGUAUUAUGUCUCAGCACAUUGCAUCAUUAUAGAUUAUUUUCUUACGGUGUUUUGACCAAAGCACUGUCAUUACUGUGGCAAUGUUUAGUAAAUGAAUUAAUGGGAGGGCAUAGACGAAUGAACACGGAGGACAAGCCAUGAAUUGUAGUCUGUCAGGUUUUUACUGGACAUAUUUAGUACUUGUGUGGUUUUUUUUUUUUUAAAUGUUGUCUUUCUGUGGAGAUAAAAUAUAUAGAAAAAUUCAUAAACAGCCAUAGAACAAAAAGUUUGUUCGGUAUGUUGCAUGUUUGCUAUGACAACGAUUUUGUAAAUAUGCAAAUCAGCUUUUAAGGUUUAUUACAAAAGUUUUCUAGGAAUCCUCUGAAAAUUCAGACGUACAUUUGAUAAUAUGGCACAUUUUCAAUUAAAUUUAUUUAAAUACCUCUCAAAGCUUUACCAACUUGGUUUCAUUUUCUGAAGAAAAGUGAACUAGCCAUUCAGACAUUUUGUACCUGUUAAAAUAAAUGUUAUGCACUGAAUAUUCAAAACAGGAUUGAGUUUUCAAAAUGCUUAAAAGGGCAAAACAUUUAGAAUGAACUGCAAAUGUUGAAAGCUUAAAUAAUGAGGAUAGUUACAAUAUACAGAAUGUUAAACCUCUUACUAUAAGCUAAACUUAGUAUCACUUUAAAAAGAAGGAUUUAGGAUGCAAUUUUCAUAGACUGACAUGUUAAGCUGGUUUAGCACCAGUAUGAUCUAGUUUCAUGUGGAUGUUGCAUGUAAUUUACCAGAAGGUAAAGGAUACAGUAAUUUUAUUUAAAAUUACAGUGCAGUUUAGUUAAUCCACUGUUAACAUUGACACACACCAGACAAAAGUCACUGCUGACAUAAAUAGAUGCAACUGAAGUCAAAGGAGAUCUGCCCUUUUAUGCCAACAGUGAACUUAGUCCACAGCGUUCUGUCUGGAAAUAGGAAAUGAAGGGCCAAAAAAUGAGGUUACACUUUGUAGGACUUGGCCGAAAUAUCUACAACAUAAA